UUUUUUUCAGCUAUGGCACCUGAAAAAAGAAACCAAGCGUCGUUAUUUCGUUCAUGGAUAAAAAAUUAUCCUGAUUCAAUAUUUACUACAGAUUCCAAAAUAAUUUUUUGCAAUGCGUGCAGCCAACAGGUACCGGCAACCAAAUCUUUCCAUUUAAGACAGCAUUCUGAAACAGCAAAACAUCAAUCUAAUUUAAAACGCUAUGGAUCAGAACAACAACAACUAAUUUCUUCGUCCUUUUCUCGGUCUGAAACCUCUGAUACAUUUUUAGAAGAACUUUGUGAUUCUUUUCUCGCUGCAAACAUUCCACUUUGGAAGUUAACCAAUGAAGUCCUUAGGGAAUUUCUUUCGAAAUAUUGCAAACGAAUAAUUCCCGACGAAUCUACAUUAAGAAAGAAGUAUGUCGAUAUUUGUUACCAAAAGGCAAUGGCUAGAAUUCGUGUAGAAGUUGGAAGCGGCUAUGUAUGGGCUUCAGUAGAUGAGAGCACAGAUUGUCAAGGGCGUUAUGUAGCUAAUUUACUUGUUGGAAUGCUGCAUUCUUCUGAAUUUCAUGUUCCUUCUCUAGUUGCCGUAAAAAUGCUAGAAGCUACAAAUCAUUCUACAGUUGCAAGAUUCGUCAACGAUGGACUCAGUAUGUAA